AUGGUAUCAGAGCUACAACGGUUAACACCCCCGCUCCCUCCCCCCUCCCCUCUCCUCCCUCACUGCGGUGCAUUCCGCCGACGAGGGCGGACGCGACCACCGCGGCGAAUUCCGCCUACGAGGGCGGACGCGACCACCGCGGCGGAUUCCGCCGACGAGGGCGGACGCGACCACCGCGGCGGAUUCCGCCGACGAGGGCGGACGCGACCACCGCGGCGGAUUUCCGCUGACGGACGCGCUACCGCAGGUGACGAGGCGCAUCCGCGGACGGACGCACACCCACGGGCGACGAGGCGCAUCCGCGGACGGACGCGCACCCGCGGGCGACGAGGCGCAUUCCGCGGACGGACGCGCACCCGCGGGCGACGAGGCGCAUCCGCGGACGGACGCGCACCCGCGGGCGACGAGGCGCAUCCGCGGACGGACGCGCACCCGCGGGCGUCGAGGCGCAUCCGCGGACGGACGCGCACCCGCGGGCGACGAGGCGCAUCCGCGGACGGACGCGCACCCGCGGGCGUCGAGGCGCAUCCGCGGACGGACGCGCACCCCGCGGGCGACGAGGCGCAUCCGCGGACGGACGCGCACCCGCGGGCGUCGAGGCGCAUCCCGCGGACGGACGCGCACCCGCGGGCGACGAGGCGCAUCCGCGGACGGACGCGCACCCGCGGGCGUCGAGGCGCAUCCGCGGACGGACGCGCAACCGCGGGCGACGAGGCGCAUCCGCGGACGGACGCGCACCCGCGGGCGACGAGGCGCAUCCGCGGACGGACGCGCACCCGCGGGCGACGAGGCGCAUCCGCGGGCGGACGCGCACACCGCGAGCGACGAGGCGCAUCCGCGGACGGACGCGCACCCGCGAACGGACGCGCACCCGCGGGCCACGAGGCGCAAUCACGGGCGACACAAACGCAGCUGCGAGUAACCCGGCGCCACCAUACGUUACGUGACCGCACCACCCUUCCAAGUGGUGUCGUCCUCUUUGACCGCACCCGCCCUCAAGCCGGUGUCCGUGAGGCGCACCGUGUUGCGGAAGCAGCACACGCUGAUGCUACUGCACGCCUCCUCUCCUACGCUCAACACGAAAAAGACUAUGCUGAGGAGCUUCGCAAGAUCCACAAGGAUGUUGCAGCAUGGCGCAUUGCUGAUCGUCGUGCACUCGCCAUCAUCUUCUCCUGCAUCCCCUCCCACCUCAAACGCGACCUUCGUCCCACCUCCUCCUCUGGACUCUGGAAAACCCUCUCUACUCAGUACGAUCGUCAGGACCUUCGCUCCCUCCUCGCCCUCUUCCGCAAAUUCCAAGACAUCACCCUUGACUCCUCCCCCACUGCUGCUGCCUACACCCGUCGCCUCAUUGACACUGCGCAACGCCUCAAUGACCGCGGCAUUGUCAUCUCUGAGUCCCUUCUUACUGCACGCAUCCUUGACUGCCUCCCUCCCACAUAUGACACCUACCGCAUCACCUUCACCUCUCGCUACCGUCAUCCUCCUCCUGUGGCUGACACCAUCGAGUGGCUCCUUGACAGCGAAGCGGACAUUCAACGUGACUCCGCCACCGUCAAUGCUGUCCAGACCCGCAAAGCUACCACAGGCAACCACAACAGCGGAACAGGUGGCGGCCCAGGUGGCGCCGGUGGUGGUGGUGGUGGACGUGGUGGCGGCCGAGGCGGAGGACGCGGUGGUGGUCGCAGUGGUGGCCGUGGCGGACGCGGCGGAUAUCCCUCACCUUCAGGCACCCUCCCCCCGUGUCAGUACAAUCAUCCGCUAUGGCUCCAACAAAGCAUCUCCCAUCUCACAUCCUUCAACAAGUUCAGCAUCUUCUCCCCUCCACUCCCACCACACCCACUCCUCCCCCAUCCACACCUCCGCCUCAAGCCCCUCCCCCUCACUACCCUCCACCCUAUGCUGGCUGGCCUUACUCUCCUUACCCACCUCCUGGAUAUGGUCAUGCACCUAUUGGACCUGCUACCACUCCUGCUGAACCACCAUCCUCCUCCUCCAACCCUCCUGGCUUUACUCCAUUCCCCUCUGCUGGAUUCAUAG